GUGUUGACCACAGCCUAAUCCUCCUCGGAUGUCUCCUCCUCGAGCGGAUUAGGGUAUGGUGGCGCCGUGCGCGGCCUCGCCGACGAGGGAAAAGGUCUCCAGUGACCUCCCGUGCGGCAUGACCGGCGAGCGCGGCGACCUCCUCGCCCGCCUCGCCGGCGGGCGCGGUGUCCUCUUCGACGGCGUGACCGCGCGAGUAGUAGCGCGGCAGCAUCUCCCGGCGCGGCGUGAACGGUUAGCCGCUUCUCCAUCUGAACUUGGGCAAGAUCCACAAAUCAGCCGCGCUGUUCUUUGGCCUUGCUGUUGUUGUUCUGCUCUCCUUUACCUCUCCGACCAGCUCCUGCACGGAGCAGGAGGAGAGCUCCCUCAUCGGCUUCCUAGAUGGUCUCUUGCAAGGUGGCAAUGGCAGCCUCUGCAUGUCAUGGGUGAAGAGGACAGACUGCUGUAAAUGGGAAGGCAUCACCUGCAGCAGUGAUGGCACAGUCACAGAUGUCUUGCUGGCUGCUAAGGGCCUCCAAGGGCACAUCUCGCCAUUGCUCGGCAAUCUUACUGGGCUGUUGCACCUCAACCUGUCUCACAACUUACUCAAUGGCAACCUACCGAUGGAAUUGUUGUUCUCCAGAAGCAUCAUCGUCCUUGACGUUAGCUUCAACCGCCUAGAUGGUUCUCUGCCAGAGUUGCAGUCCUCUAGUGGUGGUUUUCCUCUCCAGGUACUGAAUAUCUCAAGCAAUUUAUUUACAGGGCAGUUCUCAUCCAAACUGUGGGAGGCGAUGAAGAAUAUUGUUGCUCUUAAUGCAAGCAACAACAGCUUUACAGGACAGAUACCAUCUUCUAUCUGCAUCAACUCCCCAUCACUUGCUAUCCUUGACCUUUCUUACAACCAAUUCAGUGGCAGUAUUCCUCCGGAGCUUGGAAAUUGCUCCAAGCUGAGAGAGUUCAAGGCUGGCUACAACAAUUUUAAUGGAGCUCUCCCUGAAGAACUCUUCAGUGCUACCUCGUUGGAGCACUUGUCUCUUCCUAGCAAUGAUUUACAGGGAGUUCUUGAUGGUUCUGACAUAUUAAAACUCGUCAAGCUGACUGUCCUUGAUCUCGGAUCGACUGGGCUCAGUGGGAACAUCCCGGAUUCUAUUGGCCAACUAAGCACAUUGGAGGAGCUCCGGCUGGACAACAACAACAUGUCUGGUGAGCUGCCAUCGGCCGUAGGUAACUGCACAAAUCUGAGGUACCUCAGCCUCAGAAACAACAAAUUUGUGGGAGAUCUUAGCAAAGUCAAUUUUACCCGGUUGAAUUUGAGAAUCGCAGAUUUCUCAAUUAAUAACUUCACUGGUACAGUUCCAGAAAGCAUAUACUCAUGCAGCAAUCUAAUUGCGUUGCGGCUGGCUUUCAACAAGUUUCAUGGCCAGCUCUCACCAAGAAUGGGCAAUCUGAAGUCCAUGUCCUUCUUUUCAAUAGCCGAUAACCAUCUCACAAAUAUCACAAAUGCACUUCAGAUACUCAAGAGCUGCAAAAACCUUACCGCCGUUCUUAUUGGAACCAACUUCAAGGGUGAAACCAUAUCAAAAAGUGAAACAAUUGAUGGUUUUGAGAAUCUUCGGGUACUGACUAUAGAUUCCUGUGGAUUGGUUGGACAAAUUCCCACUUGGAUAUCAAAGCUCAAAAAACUGGAGGUGUUGGAUUUAUCAAACAAUAUGCUCUCUGGAAAAAUACCAUUUUGGAUUAGUGAUCUGCCUGUUCUUUUCUAUUUAGAUAUAACAAACAACAGUCUUACAGGGGAUAUCCCAACUGCGUUGAUGAACACGCCGAUGCUACAAUUAGGAAAGAAUGCUGCCCAGUUGGACCCAAAUUUCCUUGAAUUGCCUGUUUAUUGGACACGAUCACGUCAAUACCGCUUGCUCAACGCUUUUCCUAAUGCGUUGAAUCUAGGUAACAAUGGUUUCACAGGAGUGAUUCCCCCAGAGAUUGGUCGGUUGAAAAUGCUCGACGGCUUCAAUAUCAGCUUUAACAGGUUAUCUGGAGAAAUACCACAGCAGAUAUGCAAUCUCACAAACCUGCAAUUGCUAGAUUUAUCAAGCAAUCAGCUCACAGGUGAACUACCGUCUGCACUGACUGAUAUGCACUUCCUUUCUAAAUUCAAUGUUUCUAACAAUGAACUAGAAGGGCCAGUUCCAACUGGAGGACAGUUUGAUACAUUUCUUAAUUCUAGCUAUAGUGGGAAUUCGAAGCUAUGUGGUGCUGUACUCAGUAACCUUUGCAGUCCCACUACAAGAAAAGAAAACUUCACCUCACAGCGGCGCAACUUACGGUGUGCAUUAGUCACUGGAAUCACCUUGGGAGCACUCGUCGCUCUUGCUUUGCUUGCAUGCUUCUUGAUUGGGCGGUUGGUAUAUGAUGAUCACACCGAAAGCCUAACUCACCUUCAAAUGCGGUACCGAAGAUAGAUGCUUAACAGACUCAGUUUUUUUUUAAAUUUUUUUUAUUUGAUUCUGAUGCCAGCAUUUAUGGUUUAAUCACUUUUAAACUUCUUUGUAUGGCUGCUCAUAUUGUUUUUUUUUUGUCUCUCGGAUAGCCUGAAAUAGCAUGCUACUAAAUGGUUGUGUGAAUUUACUGAAUCAACUGUAUGAACCAAGUUGUAACCAAUUUCAGGAACCAGAUGAGGAGCUUUUGCUAGGCUUUGCAUUUGGGCCAACUCUGAACAAUGAAGGAAUGGGUGAAAUGAGUAAUGUACAGUGAUGACUAAUUUAGGUGAUGGAAGUUCUGUUUCUCUCUGUCUAGGCCGUAGGCUUGCAAGCUCAGAACAUUGCGUUCAAGGUGAUUUUAAGUUCAAAUCUUCUCGAAUAUGAGAGCCACUGGAGAUUUGAAUCCUUGUUUGCUUGACCUCUUCCGCCGUGGAUUUGUUAAUUGGAAGUUGAGUAGUUGUCCGCCACUCUGCAGACUUUACUUUUGAGUUCACGCGAGUGUCUGAAUCCUUCGGACUUGCGACGCGCUAGCCCACUGCACUGUCGAUGAACAAGUGGUCAGAGUUGCUUGUUUUGUUCCUCUGAUCACAGAAAUGAAAAGAGAAUGAAUAUUAUGGCCUUAUGGCAUGGCAGUGCUUACUGGUGUUGAUCAGCUGGCAUUAGAAGACGAAUCACAAGCUACAGUUCAAAAUAUGUGCUGUGCACAGCAAGCAAAACUUUUCUGUGAGCCAUAUACAUCGUGUAAAAGAUUAUCUACUACUACUACCACUAUACCUGUGAACUUGAAAUUCAGAGAAA